AUGUCGUCUGCCAAAUUUCCUGUACCUGCCCCGUUCGAUUUCUCCACCCCAGAAGCAUGGCCACUCUGGAAGACCCGUUUUGAACGCUUUAGUUCUUUGUCCAAAUUGGACGAGGCGGACGGGCAACGCCAAGUAGACACUUUAGUUUACUCCAUGGGAGCCGAAGCCGAUCCUAUCUUUGAGUCUCUAUCUCUGUCCGCGGAUGAUAAGAAGAAACUCGACAAGGUACUGGAGGCCUUUGACAAGUAUUUUCGCCCGGGUGUAAACGUAAUCCACCAACGGACAUUGUUUGAAAGGUGUGUCCAGAACCCAGGUGAAUCCGUGGAAGAGUAUGUGCGUCGUCUCCGUGCCGCAGCCAAAUAUUGCGCGUUUGACAAGUCCGAUGAGCGUAUCCGCGACAGGUUGGUGGCCCAUAUGACGAACCGAGAAGUUUCGAAGAAGCUACAGCUCGAGGAUCACGCUCAGCUGACACUCGAGACUGCCGUGAGCUUGGCACGCAAAACAGAGUCCGUAAACGCCGAGGUCGCCCAGCAAACGCCCCGGGUGAGCCAAGCUGCUGCAGCUACCUCACCGCAACGGAAACACGGCAAGUCCCCUGCUUACGCAAGUUACGGAUCGACGGGAAAGCGACCACAGGUCAAGUCCCAACGAGACUCGAGCAACAGUAAGAAGUGCUCGUGGUGUGGCUCCUCCAAAGACCACAAAUCGAACCGUGACGAAUGCCCUGCCAAGGACAAGUCUUGUAACAAGUGUCGUAAGUCUGGACACUUCGCCAGCGUCUGCCGGUCUGCCUCCGCCAGUGCAGCACACAACGAUUAUGUGCAUGUAGCUGAGUUUGACUUGCAGUCGGACCCCGUCGGCGAAAAUUUCCUUGGAGCUGCUUCUACCCACACCGCUGACGAGCCGUGGGUAGUACGACUGGAUCUGUGCGGCUCACACCUCGAUUUCAAAAUCGACACUGGAGCUGAUCUCAACAUUAUGACGCAGGCCAGCUACAACGGUUUAUCUGCACCGCCAGUACUCAGUCCGUGCCAGACACGUAUGAUUGGGCCUGAUGGGAACCAGCUCACGAUACAGGGUGAGUUCCACACUUGUGCUGUGUUCCGUGAUGUACAGUACCCAGUCACUAUCCUGGUCAUUGCCACUGGUGGUGUCAACUUGCUCAGCAGGCAGACAUCUGAACUGAUGGGCCUAGUACAACGUCUUCAUGUUGGCUCUUCAGAUGCCCAGCCGAAAAUCGGAUGCAUGCUAGGCAAGCCAGUCGAGAUUGAGUUGAAGCCAGACUGCAAACCAUACAACUGCGUAAAUGCUCGACGCAUUCCAAUACACAUCCGCCUCAAGGUUCGUACCGAGCUGGAGCGUAUGGAAAAAGCAGGUGUCAUCACAAAAGUCGAGCAGCCGACCGACUGGUGUUCACCCCUCGUGUCGGUCCUCAAGCCGAACGGCAACGUGCGUGUAUGCGUAGACCUCAAGCGCCUGAAUGCCAGCGUCAAGAGAGAGCACUACCCGUUACCGACCGUGGACGACACGCUCGCACAACUCAACGGUUCUACCAUAUUCUCCACGCUGGACACCACGUCUGGCUUCUGGCAGAUCCCACUCUCCGAGGAAGCGUCGUUGCUGACGACGUUUAUCACUCCCUAUGGCCGCUUCAAGUUCGAGCGCCUUCCCUUCGGCAUAACGAGCGCGCCUGAGAUAUUCCAGCGCCGGCUACAAGGUCUACUCAGCGAUAUUCCCAACGUAGCAGUGUUCAUAGACGACAUCAUCGUCUAUGCUUCAUCGAUGGCUGAGCAUGAUGCUGCUCUGCUCGCCGUCGAGAACCGACUCCGUGAUGCCGGUCUGACACUGAAUCCGAACAAGUCUAAGUUCAGAUGCACGUCCCUAAAGUACCUGGGCCAUCGGAUCAGCGACAAGGGUGUCCACCCUGACCCAGUUAAGCUGGAUGCCAUCGAGCGCCUCGCAGCACCAGCUGAUGUGGAAGAGCUCCGUCGUGCACUCGGACUCUUCACGUACCUCUCCAAGUUUCUGCCGUCAUUGUCGACCGUAGCCGCCCCACUGCGCGAGCUACUCCGGUGCGAUGCGACGUGGCAAUGGACCGAAGCACAUGAGCUAGCUUUCACAGAGCUCAAACGCCUAGCUGCCUCAGCCCCGUGUCUCGCGUACUACGACCCGUCUGCACCAACCAUCGUCACGGCUGAUGCGAGCAGCUAUGGAUUGGGUGCUGCACUGCUACAGUUCCACGACAAUGAGUGGAAGCCGGUCGCGUACGCCUCACGCACCAUGACAGCAGCAGAGAAACGGUAUGCCCAGAUCGAGAAAGAGCUCCUCGCCUCGGUCUGGGGAUGUGAACACUUCCAUCAAUACCUCUACGGAGCGCCCCGAUUUACUAUUCAGACGGACCACAAGCCGCUGGUCCCACUAAUGAACACGCGUGACCUCGACCGAGUACCUCUACGCUGCCAACGUCUACUGAUCAGACUCAUGCGCUACGAUGUACAGGCGGAGUACGUGCCUGGCAAGAACAUGGUUCUCGCCGACACGCUGUCCAGAGCUCCUCUUCCUGACACGCCAGCAACCGAAUCCGACCUACACAGUGACUCGGAAGCCACCAUCGCCGCUGUCCUGUCGUCUCUAUGCAGUCCUACCAAGCAACACGCUCUCGUUACAGCCACUGCUGACGAUCCAGUCCUGCAACAAGUAAUCCAGCAUACCCUCCAUGGCUGGCCGACCAAGGUCAACGCAGACCUGGAAGCCUAUCGCAACGAACGUGGCUCACUCUCAGUUCACGACGGUCUGCUGUACCACGGAUUUCGGAUCGUAGUCCCGGCAUCCGAGCGCAAAGCUACACUUGCCACUUUGCAUGACGGCCACCAAGGCAUAACCAAGUGCCUGGCCCGUGCGAAGUCCUCCGUCUGGUGGCCAGGUAUCACACGUGCCAUUUCAGAAUGCGUGCAGAACUGCCUGACCUGCACCAAGCAUCGUUUUCAGCCGCCAGAGCCUCUGUCUCCAACUGCGUUUCCCUCUUUGCCAUGGGAGAGAAUAGGAGUCGACCUCUGCCAACACGACGGUCAGGAGUACCUCAUUGCUGUCGACUACUUCUCCAGGUACAUUCACGCCAUCCCGCUACGGAAGACUACCUCUGGAGCCGUCAUCAAGGAACUCCACGAGCUGUUCGCCAUCCAUGGCAUCCCUCAAGUCCUUGUGUCGGACAACGGUCCACAGUUCGCAAGUGCUGAAUUCGCCGCAUUCACAGCCCAAAUGCAGCUCACCCACCGCACCAGUAGCCCGCACUACCCACAGAGCAACGGUGAAGCUGAGCGAGCGGUUCGAACAUUCAAGCGUCUCCUGAAGACCAACAACAGCCUCAACGAUGCCUUACUCAACUACAGGUCAACACCCCUCGCAAAUGGCUACUCGCCAGCCGAGCUCCUGUUUGGUCGUCGUCUACGCACACACCUCCCAUGUACAGCGGAAUCCCUCGCUCCAAGUUGGCCUGAUAUUUCCAAGCUAAGGAAGUUCGAGGUGAGGCAGAAAGACCGACAGAGUGAGACAUACGACUCGUCACACCGAGCACAAUCUCUGCCACCAUUGACCCAAGGCGACCGAGUCUGGGUGCAAGAUCUCGCUUCCGAAGCCGUGAUUGCAGACCGCGUCUCCGACAGAUCCUAUAUUGUCACGACCGACAACCUGUCCGAGUACCGCCGCAACCGUCGCCACGUCAAGUUGCUACCUGAUGUGCAACCAACACCAACACCGCAGUUGAAUGUCACUACACCUGCAGAACCUCCAUCCGCUGAUGUCGAGUUCCAGCCUACCUUGCGCCGAUCAGCACGUCCAUCCCGGCCGUUGAACAGACUCGACCUGUAA